GACGUGUUGCUGUGUGUUAGUAGAGCGAGCUGCAGCACCUGUACACAGAGAGCUGAACUUAUCCCGGGAUAAAGAGCUCCACACUGAGAAUACUGAGCUUUACUUCACUCUGCCGGAUCCUCCGGGAGUAUAGUAGAGUAUAGUGGAGUAUUAUCAGUGUUUACUGGUUUAAGAGGAAGAGGGAGUGGAGUUAUAGAGACUGGGAGCUGCGGGAGAGGGCCCUUUCCCGUGACACUGGUGCCCGUAUCGAACGAGAAGCUCAGAUUCUUGGGAUGUUUGAUGCUUGUGAGGUUCUGCAGAGCAACAAAUCAAGGUGUAGAUCCACCUCACGCUCAGCACAGAGCUUCAGCACUUGGUCCUGAAGGCGAGGGUUUGACCGGGUGAGAUGGUGCAGAGCAUGGAGACCAUCAACGUCUCGUUCCUGACCGACUCUGAGCGGGACCUGAUCCUGAACGUCCUGCGCCGGGACGAGGAGCUCCGGCACCUGGAGGAGAAGCGGGUCAAGAGGCUGAAGUUUGAGUUGUUGGAGAUCAGGAGGAAGGGGGCGAAGCGCAGCAGUGGAAAUUACAGUACCCGCAGCUGUGGGCGCUGCCAGCAGCCCAUGGGCCGCUUGGGCUCCCGCACCAACCAGUGCCCGGUGUGCAAACACGAGGUGUGCCAGAACUGUCACGCCGUCCGACCCAACCGAGCCUGGGUGUGCAGUGUGUGUGCCAAAGAGGCAGAUCUGAAGAAGAGCACAGGCGAUUGGUUCUACGAUCAGAGGGUUAACCGCUUUUCCACAGCUCCGGGACGUGACAUAGUGAGGACCUCCCUCAGGAAGAGGCCUCCAACUAAGAAGCGUGAAACUACAGGACAGGUUCUGCUGAACAGUACAGAGCUGAACUCCAGCCAGAGUUUACCCGUUCCCCGACCCAGACUGAAGGAUCUCGCGCAGGGAAACACAACCUCAUCCAGUGAGAACCUGCAGCGCAGUGAUACGGACUCAGCCGAGAGAACCAGCCUGAGCAGCAGCCGGGCCGACACAGACUCCCUGCGCAGCACUCCGUCCCUGCAGAGGAAAGAAGAGCUGGUGAUUAGGUCCAGUCCAGCAGGUUCUACUGUCAGAGUGACUGUUCCCAGUCCUGCUCGCUCUGCUGCUCCAACUCCAGAACGGGCCCCUACUCCAGAACGGGCCCCGACUCCAGAACGGGCCCCGACUCCCACUAAAACACACAGUCCCUCAGGGUCCAUCUCUGGUACUGAGACUUCUUCUUUAGUUCAUCACAUUAAUCCGUGCUCAGAGGACUUCAGUGACGUUGAUGGAAUUUUUAAGAAGAGUGUGAGAAGAGUUCACAAACUGUCAGAUUUUAAGCCGACUUCAGUGACUGACCUGCGUAAAGAUGCAGAAGAGGAGACUACAGGUUCUAUGGGAGACAGAAGCAAGUCAGUUCCAGGUCUCAAUGUGGAUGAAGAUGAGGAGGAUGAAGAUAUUGAUAAUCUGGUGAUCAUGCACAGGCAGAGUGUGGGUAACAGUGCCGCCAGUCUCCGCAGCUCCAGGAGCACUCUGGGUAGUAUGAUGAGUGUGUACAGCGAGGCGGGGGAUUAUGAUAUCGUGGACGUGAGCGGAGAGAUCGUCUUCUCUCUGCACUACGAUGAAACGGCUCAGAGUCUGGCGGUGAUGGUGAAAGAGUGCCGGGGGCUGGCGUACGCCGACGCCGCUAAAAAGAAGUGCAACCCAUACGUCAAGAGCUACCUUCUCCCGGAUAAGUCCCGCCAGAGCAAGAAGAAAACUGCCACCAAGAGCAAGACCAUCAACCCCACCUACAACGAGACCUUAAAGUACUCCAUCAGCCGCUCCCAGCUGAUGACCCGAACCCUGCAGCUCUCAGUCUGGCACUAUGACCGUUUCGGACGCAACGCUUUCCUUGGAGAGGUGCAGCUGCCGCUGGACUGCCACGACAUCGACUCGGCCCAUGAAGAGUGUGUGAUCCUCAGGGGGAAGGCCGCUGGCUCUUUGGCCCCCUCUGCGUUUGCCCAGUAUAAAGGAGAACUGGUGAUUUCCCUGAAGUACGUCUCGGAGAAGAAAGCUCCUUCAGAAAAGCAGAAAGCAAAAAAGGCUAAAGCUGAGAGUGGUGGAGAGCUGCAUGUGUUAAUCAAGGAGGCGAAGAACCUCUCAGCUAUGAAAGCUGGAGGAACAUCUGAUUCCUUCGUUAAAGGAUACUUACUGCCAUCCAAGGGUAAGUCCACCAAGAAGAAGACUCAGGUGGUGAAGAAGACUCUGAACCCGCACUACGACCACACCUUCAUCUACAAAGACCUGAGUCUGGACCAGCUGAGGGGCGUGUGUUUAGAGCUCACUGUGUGGGACAGAGAGGCCAUGUCCAGCAACGACUUCCUGGGCGGAGUCCGCCUGAGCUCAGGGGCAGCGCAGCUGAAGGAGGGGAAGCAGGAGUGGGUGGCUGAUUCUACAGGAGAGGAAGUGUCUGUAUGGGAGAAGAUGAUGCAGUUCCCGGACUCGUGGGCAGAGGGCACAUUGCCGCUGCGCUCCUCCAUGGGCAAGAAGGGCAAAUAAGGACAAUCGCCUCACUGCUGAAAUCAAUUAAUCAACACAGCAGCAGCACACUACACUCCGGCAGAUACGCAAUAUUAUACGAAUAUAACAAUAAGAGAAACGUGUAUAAUACAGAUUUUAUGUUUGUAUGUAUGUUCAAGAAAAAAGUACGUUAUUGCAUUUUACUCCAUUUUAAAGCCAUUUUUUUAACCAAAGAAAUAGAUGGGGAACUGACUUUUUUUAGGGAUCAGUUUGGCUGCAGCUGAAUGUAUGUAUAGGUAAUAAAUUCUAUUUGCAAAUGUUUUUCUUAAAAAUGACAGAACAAAAUUGCUGAUUGCUGUUUUUACAUUUAUUUUAUUAUGUUUAUAAUGUUUUACUGACAUUCUUCCCAUUCACUGCUCUACAGUAGCAUAAAAAAUCCAACACAAUCUGUAUAAUAUUGAGAUGAUUAUGAUUAUUGACUGUGACCACUUGGGGCACGGUUUCUAUUUUUAAUUUCAAAGCUAUAUACAAAGCACUUAAUUUAAUAAAUAUUAAAUUAUAUUUA